AUGUCUAGAAGACUCUUGAACCAAAUCAUAAACGAAAGCCAAAGCUCCAGUGGAACUUGGUCAUACACAUUCAUGUUUGAAGUGCGCAACAUCUUAAAAAAUCUCCGGCAAAACGACAAAGUCAAAGUAUUUACAGGUUUAUUCGAAGUCAUACUCCACAAAGAAAUUACCGAAUUACAGAAAUUUAAAUUAUCGCAACUAUUAUGCUAUAUAUAUAACAGCUACCCAGAAAUUUUUAAAGAAACACUCGCCACAUUUAAACCAUUAAUUAAAAUACGAUACCAAGCUGCUCAGCAGGAUUCUGAAUUGAGCAAGGCAUCUUAUAAUCUUCUCAAAAAUCUGUAA